AGGAAAGGGAGGCGGGAAGGCUGCGCAUAGUCCGCCCCUCUCCUCCCCCUCCUCGGCCGGGCAGGGGCUGGAUGGGCAAGUUGGGCACGAUGGCUCGAACCCGGGCGACAGCGGCAGCCCCAGGCGGCGGCGCGUCCUGCUCCUCGCCUCGGCGCCGGAGGUGAUCGGACCCAGCGGCCGGUGCCCCUGAUGAAACUGCUGGCGGGCUGGCUGUGCCUGAGCCUGGCGUCCGUGUGGUUGGCGCGGAGGAUGUGGACGCUGCGGAGCCCCAUCACGCGCUCUCUGUACGUGGACAUGACGAGCGGCCCGGGCGGGCCGUCGGCGCCAGCGGGCGGCAGGAAGGAGAACCACCAGUGGUAUGUGUGCAACAGAGAGAAAUUAUGUGAAUCACUCCAGGCUGUGUUUGUUCAGAGUUACCUCGAUCAAGGAACACAGAUCUUCCUAAACAACAGCAUUGAGAAAUCGGGCUGGCUAUUUAUCCAAUUAUAUCACUCCUUUGUGUCAUCUGUUUUUAGUCUGUUUAUGUCUAGAACAUCUAUCAAUGGGUUGCUAGGAAGAGGCUCAAUGUUUGUGUUCUCACCAGAUCAGUUUCAGAAACUGCUUAAAAUUAAUCCAGACUGGAAAACCCAUAGACUUCUUGAUUUGGGUGCUGGAGAUGGAGAAGUCACAAAAAUCAUGAGCCCUCAUUUUGAAGAAAUUUAUGCCACUGAGCUGUCUGAAACUAUGAUAUGGCAGCUUCAGAAGAAGAAAUACAGAGUGCUCGGUAUAAACGAAUGGCAGAAUACAGGGUUCCAGUAUGAUGUCAUCAGCUGCUUGAAUUUGCUGGACCGCUGUGAUCAGCCUCUGACUUUGUUGAAGGAUAUCAGAAGUGUCCUGGAGCCAACUAGAGGCAGGGUCAUCCUGGCCCUGGUCUUACCCUUUCAUCCCUAUGUGGAAAACGUAGGUGGCAAGUGGGAAAAACCAUCGGAAAUUUUGGAAAUCAAGGGACAGAACUGGGAAGAACAAGUGAAUAGUCUGCCUGAAGUUUUCAGGAAAGCAGGUUUUGUUAUUGAAGCUUUCACCAGACUGCCCUACCUGUGUGAAGGGGACAUGUAUAAUGACUACUACGUUCUGGAUGAUGCUGUCUUUGUGCUCAAACCAGUGUAAACCCGUGGAGGCCACAGUCUGCAGAGCCCUCCUGGAGAGGGUCUGCAUUCUCCAUUACGUGAAGGGGGGAUCUCUGGGGACUGCUGUUCUAAAUAUCAUGUAGGAAUUUAAAAAGCCAAAAUACUAAUUAUUCCUUUGUCGUGUGUAAAAGGAAUGUUUUUUAAAAAACAAAACCCGACGCUUUGAGGAUUUUUAUCAGCUCUUAAUAAUGCAGGUCUCCAAUUAUGGAAAAUAUUUUUUAUACUUAAUUACAGUGGGAGACUCCUCCCCAGUCCAAGCAAUAGUCAUGAUUCCAAAUGGAACAAUAAAUAUGGAUUGUUUUUAAUAAAAUGAAGACUGGCAAUAAAGGCAUCCAUUCAAUUGCAAAUACUGAUUAUAAGGUAUAGCCACUGGUACGCUUUGAUGUUUAGACAUUCUUUCUGUCAUUAUUCAAAAAAAUGUUUUUAAUCAUGCUAAUAAACUUUUUUGGAGAUGAAUUUGGUAUCA